AUGGUCAAGCGUUGUCUAAUCUGGCUUGUGGCGUUGAUAGGUUCUAGUGGCAAUGCUAUUGUUAUUGGCUACAGAUUUUUCUAUGAGAAACAUUUAUUAAAACAAGGGUACAGAAUGUUUGUUACAAACCUGGGCUUGUCAGAUUUCAUCAUGAGCGUUUAUUUACUCAUCAUAGCAGGAGCUGAUGUUUACUACCGUGACGACUACGUGUUGUAUGACACAGAAUGGCGAGACAGUUCACUGUGUAAGGCCGCAGGUUUUCUCGCUACUCUCUCCAGUGAAACGUCUCUCCUCUUCGUGCUUCUCAUCACCUUAGAUCGGUAUUUUAUCUUUAAGAAUCCACUGAAACAGGUUAAACUCAGUCAAGUCACGUUAGUAUCUAUUUCUGCAUUGGUCUGGACUUUAGGAAUUGCGAUCUCUACAGUUCCAAUUUUAUUUCCAGACUGGCAGGUCUACUCGUCUAACGCUAUGUGCCUGGCACUUCCGGUCAAAUUGACCCACCAAUUAGGGUGGACUUUUUCCUUAAUUAUCUAUAUCGUAAUCAACUUCAUUAUAAUGCUUCUUGUAAUCGUAGGGCAGAUUGUUGUUUUUAAAUAUAUUGCAAUGCCCUCCAACUCCAUAAUUAAUUCCUCAGUCCAAAAAAAACGCGAGAUCACAGUUGCCAAAAACCUUUCUCUUGUCGUCAUAUCCAACGUCCUCUGUUGGUUGCCUGUCUGCGUCAUAGGUCUCCUGUCUGCGGCUGGUCAUAUCUUUAGUUCAGAAACCUACGGCUGGCUGGUUGUGGUUGUAGUGCCACUCAACUCUGCAAUCAAUCCGGUGCUCUACACACUACCAGUGGCGUAUGCAGCGUUCAAUGAACUGAAACAGCGACGACGAAAUACCUAG